AUGCCCUCUUUGCCAGAUAUCGACUCUCCUCACACUGCUUUCCGUCGGACAGAGAAACAUUUCAAAUCCCGGGUUGUCAAAUACGCCCUUCCUUCCCUUCGAACUCUUCCCGUGCUGGAUCUGUCUCGUCCGGACGAACAGGAAGAUGAUGAAGUAUGGAAGGCUGGCUGGUGGGGUCCCGGAGAUGUCAUUUCUUUGCAGAAAUUGAGAAAGGGGAAAGAACGGGAGAGAGGGGAAAGACCGGAUACAGAUGUGGGUUUGUUGGAAAGUGUCAGGCAAAUUAGAUUGGAGGAUGGGAAAAUAGGAUGGGUCAUUGCUCCCGGUUGUAUCUUAAUCCCUCAAUACCUUUCCCCAUCUCAACAACUUCAAUUAUCUCAAUCAGCUCUUGAACAAUACACUCUUCCUCCUAAUCCAUUAUCUCUUUCUGCACACUAUGUUCUUCCCCCAAACCUCUUCCAUCUUCACUCAAUUGAUUCUCCUUUACUCAUCGAACCGAUCUAUUCAACAUUAUCCGAAGAAGAAAAAGAAAGAGCUUUGAUAGCUCAAGAAAGAGCAGGAGGAAAUAGGACAAUGGUGGAUACGAGGCCUGAGGUUGUGGUGGAUUUUGAAGAUGUUUUAGAAGGGAAUAGGAUAAAUGAAGGGAUUAUACCUAGUUCUAAAGCUGGUUUGAGGACUGCUAAGGAGUUGAUGAAGGAGUUGAGGUGGGCGAAUUUAGGUUGGGUUUAUCAGUGGUCCACUAAAUCAUACGAUUUCACAAACCCCGAACCUAUUCCAUUCCCUACCCCUCUAGCUCAACUAUGUACGAACAUAGUCAAAUCUAUCCCUUGGUCAGAAGUAUACCAAGAUUCUAAAGAUAUCUCUUGGAAAAGUUGGAAAGAAGAUUAUGUACCAGAUACUGGUAUCGUCAAUUUUUAUCAAUUGAAAGAUACUUUGAUGGGACAUGUUGAUCGUGCCGAACUGGACCCAAGUCGUCCACUUGUAUCUAUCUCUCUUGGACAUUCAACCAUCUUCUUACUCGGUUCUUCAACCCGAAACGAUCAACCCAUUCCUCUCAUACUCCGUUCAGGUGAUAUUCUCAUCAUGUCCGGUCCUGGUCGAAAAGCUUAUCAUGGAGUACCUAGGAUUAUGGAAGGUACUCUUCCAUCUUAUUUUACCCCUUCGUCGGAUGAUUCAUUAAGUAUGAAAACUACCAAAGAAUUUUUACAAACUGCAAGGAUCAACAUAAAUGCUAGACAAGUGUUUCCACCUGGAUUCGUACGACCUAAUCCUACUCCUUCUCCUGUUGUGCAUUCCGAGUCGAUAUCUACUUCUUCAACUUUAACUCCCACUAGUAGUGUUAGUAUCGAUGAUAUGAUAACACGAUGCAUGAAUGUUUCUUCGUACUGGUCGUGA